AUGAACGAAACAAAAGCGAUUAUUGGAAUUGCUUGUUUAAGCUCUCUAUUGGCAGUUUUAUCAACUCUAAUUGUACUCCCUCAACUUUAUUUUCAAAUUAAUCAGUUGAGUGAUCGAGUUCAGGAUGGAGUGCAGGCAUUUCGUGUGGACACGGAUUCUUCUUGGAAUGAUCUGAUGGAAUUACAAUUAAUUGGAAUCCCUCAAAGUAAAGUACGUGGAAACCCUCUCGAGUCGGUUUUUAGAGGAAAACGUGAUUUGCCUAGUCAUUGUAUAUGCCAACCACUUCGAGUAGUUUCAGCCCCUUGCCCACUACCAAACCAAGCAUGUCAACGAUGUCCAGCGGGACCUCCAGGUCAAACAGGAAAAGCAGGAGAGGCAGGCCAGCCUGGCCAAGCUGGGAAACCUGGACUACCCGGAAGAAGUAGUGGAAGUGGUCCUCCAGGAUUACCGGGUCCACAAGGACCGGUCGGACCCCCAGGAACGCCUGGAAGGGCAGGACAUAAAGGACAUCCUGGUAGAAAUGCUGUUACAAACCCAACAGUUCCUGGACCCAAAGGACAGCAGGGAGCUCCAGGCUUGCCAGGAAAGAAUGGACCUGCGGGAGCGGUCGGAAAGCCAGGCCCAGAAGGUCCCCCUGGACCUGUCGGUCCUGCUGGACAACCCGGAAUGGCAGGUCUACAAGGAAAACCGGGAAAACCAGGAGUCGCUGGACAGCCUGGUGCUGAUGGACAGUAUUGUCCCUGCCCUCAACGCUCUCCUCCUGCACUUAACAAAACAAAAAUGGGUGUUUAA